ACAAAUCUCUGACUCAAUCUCAAAGAAUGAACUCAAAACAGGACUCAUUUUAAGUCGAAACUCAUUUCAGUGUUCACAAAAAAACUCAAUCUCAAACUCAAUCUCAAACUCAAAAAAUCAAGCUUAAUAUUUGAGACAGCCUUGUAGCACUCUCAUUUUUUGUCUCAAACUCAAAAAUGGCCGACAACUAUGUAGAUAGAUUCCAGCGUCUGCAGAGAAUCGCUAUGUAUGGUCAACAGCGGGUUCCAAGAGUGUUUAAAGACAGGGCCAACCCGUUGGAGAGAUUAUCAAGAGUGGAAGUUCGGGAGAGAUACCGAUUUUAUCCUGAAACAAUCGUAAUGAUAGUGGGUGUUGUUUUUAAUGAACUUGAUGCUGUAACAAGACGAAGCUUGCCACUACCACCUCUGCUCUCUGUGCUUGUAACUCUUCAAUUUUUCGCCACGGGAGCUCACCAUUUAUUAAUUGCCGAGAUUCAUGGAAUUUCCCGUCCAUCUGUGGGGCGUGCCAUAGACAGGGUUACCAACGCAUUAUGCAGGCACAUUAACAGGUUUAUAAGCAUGCCUGUUGAUGAUGCAGAGAUAAGAAUAAAGAAGAAGGAAUUUUACAGCAUUGCGGGAUUCCCGAACGUGUUGGGGUGCAUAGACUGCACACAUGUCCGCAUCAGAGCACCAACACAUAACAAAGCAGAUUUCGUAAAUCGAAAAGGGUUCCAUUCAGUGAACGUUCAGAUGGUAUGCGAUGCUCGUUUCAUCAUCAUGGAUGUCGUAGCCAAGUGGCCCGGGAGCGUACACGACAGCCGUAUAUUUAGGGAAAGCAGAUUAUGUGCACAGUUGGAGAAUGGAAUGGAUGGAGUGUUGCUAGGAGAUAGUGGCUAUGCAUGUAAGAAGUACUUGAUGACGCCAUACCUGAACCCCCAGACUCAGACACAGGAGAGAUUUAACAGAUCACUCUGUAAAACUAGAGUCAUCAUCGAGCAAACGUUUGGUGUUUUAAAGAGGAGGUUUGCAGUUAUGUCGUACGGGAUAAGGACAUCCGAGAUGAAGGCUUGCAGGACGACAAUGGCGUGUGCCAUCCUGCACAACAUCGGGAUUAAGCGGGGAGACUCAUUUGGACGCUUUGUGGUCGAGUCCGACAAUCACCCAGAUGCACCGAACCAACCGGUUGAUGUUGCAGGGAAUGCCUUUAGGGACUUUGUCAGCACGACAUAUUUUUCGUAA